AUGGUUAGCCAGUUCCCGGUGUCCGCCUCCUCUUCAGACCUUCUGCACGCAGGCGGCAUGUCCUUGUCCUACAUACAUGUACGACAUCACCCGAACACGAUCAUGCUUAUAGCGGCCCAGACAGCCCAAGCUAAAGCCACACAAAAACUUCGAGAAGGCAGAGCCGAAGGAGAGGUCAUCGCCCGCGCUUGGAGACCCUUUUCUCCUCUAGGCUCUCGCGCCGCUUUCGAUUUUCUUGUCACACCUGUGUUGGCUUUCGACUUGGGAGAACGGGAGGCUUGCACAACUUCCUGCAAGGGAUUCCCUGGGGUGAAGGACUGUUUUGUGCAUCCGGAUCUGGCAUCUUCGUAUGAAUUAUGA